CUUGCUUCACAUAUUUACGCCAAUAAUUCGAUUGCUGAGACAUUACUUGGGCUUUUCCUGUACAUCAUCACAGAUGCUAUCAAGGCGACGGACCUAGGUUUUUGGUUCACCAAUUGGCUAUGGUGUCAAGACCCGUGUUGGCGGGAAAUUAUGUUAGAGAUAACGUAA